UCUAGACUUCUAGUCCGCUGAUCAGUGUCGUUAAUGAUCUGAACUUAGUUGGCCCAAUGUGCUGAGCCCAAUAUUAUUUUUUCUUAUUCUGUAUGUUCUUCACGAAGGCGAACGUGUUUCUUUUCUUUUAAAUUUUGUCCCCAUCCAUCCCCGUUACUCGUCGUCCGCAUUUCUUCACCGCGGCCGAUCUAUUCGUCGUUCAAUAGCAGCUCAAAUAUACUGACCAACCACCUCAUUCGUCGACUAAUACUUGUUUCUGGUUUUGACAUAAUUAUAGAAUGGCCAACCAUAUCGUUAAAACUGGAUUUGUGUUGAAUAAAUGGAACGAAGCUAAUGUGUUUGUGUAUUUGCCUAUGAGAAGUAACUGGCUUGGAGAAUCUGUAUUCUUUUGGUUGCAGGGAAGAUUCAUGACAACAAGUAAGCGUGUUCAAGAUAGAAGCAGCAAAAAGAGAGUGCACGAUCUUGAAAUAGUCACAGAGAAAUGGAAAAUAGCUUCGAAAGUGCUAGCAGUUAUGGAAGUCUUGAAGAUGGAGCAAGAAAUGGUAAUCCGUGUAAGAGAUCUUGAACAGCACAGAACCAAAAUUAAUCUACCUAAACCCCAUAAAAUAUCUGAUUUUCUUCGUAAAUCUCCGAAGCUUUUUGAAUUGUAUAAAGAUCAAAGGGGGAGUUUAUGGUGUGGGAUGACAAAAGCAGCUGAGGAUUUAGUGGAAGAACAAGAAAGGUUAAUUGAGGAAAAUUCAGAUAAAGCUGCAGAGUAUGUUACUAGGUGUUUGAUGAUGUCAGCUGAUAAAAGACUUCAGGUGGAAAAGAUUGCACAUUUUAGGAGGGAUUUCGGUUUGCCUUUGGAUUUUAGGAUCAAAUGGGUGCAUAACUAUCCUAAACUAUUUAAGGUCGUUAAUUCUGGGGAUGGAGUGGAGUAUUUGGAACUUGUAGCUUGGAAUCCUGAUUGGGCUAUCACAGAAUUAGAGAAGGAGGUAUUAGGGAUAACUGAAGCAAGUGGGCACGAACCAGGAUUGCUUUCAUUGUCAUUUCCUUUGAAGUUUCCACCUAAUUACAAGAAAGUGUAUAGAUAUGGAGGGAAAAUUGAGCACUUCCAGAAAAGACAUUAUUUGUCACCAUAUGCAGAUGCUAGGGGACUCAUUGCUGGGUCACUAGAAUUUGAUAAAAGGGCUGUUGCUGUAAUGCACGAAUUGCUUAGUUUUACUAUUGAGAAGAGAUUGGUUACUGAUCACCUUACCCACUUCAGACGGGAGUUUGUGAUGCCGCAAAAAUUGAUGAGACUUCUUCUGAAGCAUUUUGGGAUUUUUUAUGUUUCUGAGAGGGGGAAGAGGUUUAGUGUGUUCCUUACUGAAGCUUACGAAGGCCAAGAGCUGAUUGAGAAAGGCACUUUGGUCAUUUGGAAGGAAAAACUCCUGAGCCUUGUUGGUUACAGAGGAAAGAAGAAGAAGAUUGAAACUUUCAGUGAUUUAUCAGACUUGGAGGAUAGUAAUUUGAUUGAAAACAAUUCUGAGAAUGAAAGCAUAAGCAUGCAAUUUGAGCAUGAGGAGACAAUGGGCGAUUUAGAGGAUGCUUUACUUGUAGACAAUACUGAGAUGGAGGUUGGAGAGGUUGGCAAAGCGUAAAAGGAUAGGGAUAAAUCUUGAGUAGAAGGAUUUUGGAGUCAAAGUUGUCAACCUGUCAUGAAGUUCCAUGAGUUUAGGUCAUGAAAUUUUGACAGAAAAAAAAAAGAAAGGAAACAUCCGUAAUUUCUGACUUAAUCGAGCCUCGUAGUCUCCAGGUAUACUACUAAAACUGGGGCCAUGUGUUGUUAUUCACAUAUCUUUUUUAAUUCAUAUUGUGGCACUUAUGUUUUUCUUUCCCUCACUUCUCUGAUUCUUACAUUCAAUUUCAUAUCUCUACAGCAUUCCAGUUCUACCUUUGGGCUAAGCUUGAGUUCAAUUUUUAACUCAUUGUAUCCAUUUGGGCUCAGUCCAUUCUAGCUGUUGAUAUUUGAUACAUAUACAUCAAUACAACUAUACGUGCUUUGAAGUUGCACAUUCAUUGCUUUGGUGAGAGUUUGAUGCUGAAAGAUCAUACUUGGGUUUGUUUGUGAUAGACAGGUUACAGAACUUUUGGUUGAGAAACUAGUGCAAGUGGUCUUAAAUGUUUCAACUUUCAACCACUAGACUUAUGUAACAGACUGUAUUACUAUAAUUUGAACCACUAUCACUAGAUUCCUAUCCUUUAUGCCAUUUCAAGUCAAGUUGAUAGACUAAUAUAAAUGCACCCGGCUAAAUUUUUUGUCAAUAAGUCAAUACAUGUUGUCAAUAUUGACUUUUGAGUUUUUUUUCCCUUUUAAUCUACAUCCUGGUUUUCUUUAUAAA